GCGUAACUAGGCAACCCGGAGGAAGCCUGCCAGCCAGCCGUGGAACGCAUACAGAGAUCAGCUGAUGUGGAUGGGCGGGACUUCAGUAGAGAAAGCCCCUGUGAUUCCGGGAGACGGGCUGUGUAUUCGGGGUGAAGAGAGGGGACCCCCAGCAUUUCCGGGAGAGCUGACACAGCUAUGUGAGAGAUAUGACUGAGACGUGCCUUAUGUGUGUGUUCCUGUAUGGCAGGUCCUGGGCUCCUGAGUAGCCAGCGGUACAUCAGCUGACCUCUGCCAGGGACAUCCGGAGGAAUGACAAGUUGGUGAUCAGAAGAUCCUUCUAUCUCUGACCAGAAUACAAUAUACAUAAAGGACACAAUGGCUCCACGGUACGAGACUCGCCACUAUUGUGGCCAGCGCUAGCCACAGUAUCCGGUGACAACAGAACCAGGCUGAGAAUUUGGUGCACCUGACAAGAGCCACAUUUGUACUAAUUGAAUCUGCGUGGAGAUUGCGGUCUGUCAGUGUGAUAUGGAAGUUUAAAGGAAGACUCUCACCUUUUUAGGAAAGUCGUAGAGUAUGGCACAGGUGGUUGAACAUGGCCUACCUACGCAAACGGUGGGGAAGCCCAGUACCAGUAAAAGUGACGCACAGGAGGAAAUGGAUGUUUCAGAAACACAAUGGGGUUGGUUUUAUCUGGCAGAAUGUGGAAAAUGGCAUAUGUUUGAGUCAAGUCCAUCUGAGUAUUGCUCGAUAACAAGUCAAGAGCUUGAACAGCGUUACCGCGAAAAUCCACAUAGCUCCGUAGAAUUUUCAACGGUGAAGUUCAACUAUCGUAUAGAUUUCACAGAAAUGUGUCAGACCAAUCUAUGCAGUGGCACAAAACGGCCAGUAAAGAGAGCCCCGUUUUCAAUCUCUGCAUUCAGUUAUAUCUGUGACAAUGGAUCGAUCCCGUUGCCAUCCCACUGGGAGCAUGUGAACAGCACCCAGCCUUAUCAGCUCAUCCCCCUAAUCAAGGUAUGCAAUGAAUAUAAGGAAGUAGCCAACCUGUUUGGACAGUCGAUGGACCAGAACCGCAUCACAAAGAUUCUACGAUUGCAGAAUCUGGAUCUGUGGGAAUUUUACUGCAGGAAGAAAGCUCAAAUGAAAAAGAAGAAAGGAGUGUCUGUAAUUGCGGAGGAGAUGCUCUUUCACGGUACAAGCAAUGAAUAUGUCGGUGCAAUAUGCAUUCAUAAUUUUGACUGGCGAUUGAAUGGUAUACAUGGCACCGUUUAUGGAAAAGGUACAUACUUUGCAAAGCAAGCCUCGUUAUCAAGCCAAUACUGUAAAAAUAGCAGCAAGCACAGCAUGACGCUGGGACUGCACGGCGUGAACCCUUUCUUUUGCAGCUCAUUUACAAACAAAUCCAUGUUCCUGGCCAGGGUCAUAGUUGGAGAUUACACCACAGGAAACAAGACCUACAUCCGGCCGCCCUCAAAGGAUGGGAGUCUCGUCAACUUGUAUGACAGCUGCGUGGACAAUCCUUUUUCUCCGCUCCUUUAUGUCAUUUUUGACAGCAAUCAGAUCUACCCAGAGUACAUCAUACAGUUUGACUGACUUUAUUUAUUAAAUUUUUUAUUUAUAA